UAUCGAUCGUUAACACUUAAGCAAAGCUAAAGUACAAACCGUUUUCUGAAGCAAUCACUCAUAACUAGCUGCGGUACAAUGGCCUUCAAGUUUAUCGCUGCAUUCGCUUUCUGUUCUGCGCUAGUCGUAGUCAACGCAGCACCAUAUAUACAUCACGAAGAGAGCGGCGGACACGAGCAUGAGGUACACAGCGGCGGCUCCAGUCAUGCAUCCAUACACUUGGUCUCGCAUGACGAUCAUCAUGAUGAGCAUGGACACGAACAUGGUGAUGGCCAUGAUUCGCAUGCCGAGUACCAUUUCAAGUAUGGUGUAGAGGAUAAGAAAACCGGUGACUAUAAGGAGCAUAGCGAAAAACGUGAUGGCCACAAAGUAACCGGACAUUAUGAGUUGAUUGAUGCCGAUGGUCAUAAGCGCACUGUCCACUACACAGCUGACAAGCAUAGCGGUUUCCACGCCAUCGUACACCGCGAACCCACACACCAUCAUAUUGCUGAUCACGGACACACCAGCUACUAUGGCGGUUAUGCUCAUCUCGAGGAACAUCAUGGUGGUGAGCAUGGUCAUGAACAUGGCCAUGGACACGGUCAUCAUGGUCAUGAGAGCGGUUUCUCGAUCAAACAGGAGCAUGGUGUGCCUUUCCAUCACGAAGCUCAUCAUGAAAGUGCUCACGAGGGUGGUAGUGAAGGUGGUCACUAAGUUUGCCUAUGGCUGGAACUUAGCAUUUAGACGCAAAAAUAUUUGCGUUGCUCCAAAUUUGUUGUGUAAUGAAAAACUACUGUUAGGUAUAAGUUUAAUUUAAGUUUAGCAAAGCAUUGAGUGUUUCUGUAAAACCAAAAAAAUCCUAUUAUUUUAGUUGAAUUUUUCCUAAUGUUAA